CCCAAAGUCAGGAAAUGAGUGAGAGAAAAAACUGUUUCCCUCCUUCACAUGAGUUUGGGUCAGGAUGCGUGAACCGGAGACACCGAAAUAAACGUUUUUCAGGAUGGACGUAGCGGAAAAACCGCACAAAGGAUCUGAACAGCAGCUGCCCAGACGUCUGCGAUGUGCUUCAAUGUGUGUUUGUUAAAAACAAGCUGAAGAUGCAGGGGGCCAUUGCACGAGUGUGUAUGGUGGUGACUGCUGCCAUAUUAAACCACCCCUUGCUCUUUCCCCAAGAGAACACCACGCCUCCAGAGCAGGACGAUGAGGUGAUCGCUCGAAUGCGGGAGCACGAGGAGAGGCUGGAAAUAGAGCAGGCAAGGUUGGAGAAAGAGUUUUCACUGUUGGAUUCAAAGCAGGAAGAAAUAUCCAGCUCAGAGGAAGGAUAUAGUUGGUACUUGUGGAGCACCGUGUCUUUUGUCAUUUUUUUCACUAUCGAGAUGUGCAGGGUGAAUCUUUCUGACACAGAAAUUCGUCCAGUUGAGGAUGAAGACCUAUUAUCAGAGAGUGGUGCCAUCACCCCCGGGACGAUGGGGCUGAAUAAGGACGUCCUGAGCAACUUCUGCGACAAAUCCAACUACACUUCGGCUCAUGAAAACUGGAGGGUGAGAGAGUUUGUUGAGGGUUUUGCAGAUGACUUGCUGGAAUCACUCAGGAGUUGUUGUGAUGGGGAGGCAGACAUGGAAGUCGGGGACUUUGUCGGGAUUGGAAGCAUGUUUGAGUCUUGGAAGGUGUGCAAGCCACUCACAUGCGACCUUAUAGUGCCUUUCUCGCCUCCAGAUCCGUACUCCUUCCAGUUUGACUUGUGGUGCAGCCCUUCCAGUGACAUGCCUCCAGACAUGCAGGGCUGUGGUAGGAUAAAGGUGGCAGGCUUUCGGGAUGACAAGGAGGGAUGUCUCUGUGGCUCUGCUAACCUGGGGGAGGACUUGCUCUGUCUGUUGCAUGGUAGGGAUGACACAGUCAAAUUGGACCAUAGUCCUGAGGAGCUGCUGUGCUCUAGGAACACUCAAUUGUUAGCCAAAGAUCAAAUCAUGAAGUGGUUUCAGAUCAGUUUAACCAAAGCGUGGGGCCGCAUCUCUCACAAAUACGACUUUGAAGUCACGUUUGGCAACCUGGAUGCAGCCGGUGCACUCAAGAUCCGAUUCCGUUCAUGGAAAGUCAUCGUAAUGAACAUUAUACCGGUUGUUCAGCUGGAAAGUACGGAUGCUUAUUUUGUCCCACACUUUCCAUCAGAUCAUGACAGCUCUCCCGACCCAUACUGGACCCUCUCGUAUGCUGUCUACGAGAGGAAUUUGCUGAAACAUUUAGCUAAAUGCCUGCCACAAAAUUCCUGUCAUUUACACUGCCUUCAGAUUGUGACUUUCCUACACAAAAAGCAAACGGUACUCACAGGAAAAACUGCCCUCACAAACUACCACCUAAAGACUUCCCUGUUGCACGUGUUGCUGAGUAAAAGGCCCUCUGCGUGGGGCAUUGAGAAUACUGAGCACAGGCUUCGGGAUGUGCUCAGCUUCUUACAGAGGAGCCUACAUGAGAAGAAACUUCAUCACGCUCUGAUUGGGAACAGUAGAGUGCCAGAAGAACUGCAGGUGCCUGAGGUCAUUAGCAAAGCAGGGCCCAUCAAUCUCUUUCGGUCUUUGGUGUUGCAAAGGGAACUUUAUGCAGCAACAGUCAGGCAUUUCAAAGAGAUGUUGAGAAACGCACCCGUGCUCAUACAAGAGUUCACUCCGCCCUUAUCAAACGGAGGUUUACACCACAGGCAAGAGGAAAGUUUAUGAGCUUAGGCCAGGUUUUUCUAAAACUAAACCACCAACAGAUCUUUAAAUAUCAUUCAGUGUUACUAAGAAUAAUGGUAUGAAUAGUUACACCAGAUGAGCAAUCAAAUGAAAAGGUGAACAUACGACAGUUAUCUUAAAAUCACCUAGUGGUUCGUACUGUAGCUGUUGUCUUGACGUGUUAAAUGAAGUCUGAAGGAUUGUUUCUGAAGCUUAAAAGUAGGGCUGCACAAUUAUUUGAAAUGAUAUCAAAAUUCACAGUAUGGACAUGUGCAAUAUUCAAAUAGCAGGAAGCACAAUAUUUGUUAUAGACUAAAUUUGUGUUAGUAUACAAUUUUGAAUAAAGGGUUGUGGAGCUGUAAGAGAUAUCCUAGCCAACAAAUCUUACUCUACAGACAAAACAUUAUUUGGUACACAUCAUCUUUAACAAUUACCUUAUACACAUUUAAUAUACUUUUCAAUAAUAACAAUUUCAAAAUAAACAAUCCCUUCAAUGUUUGUGAAUCAUAUUGCAAUAUCUGACAAAAGAAAUUCAUAAUUAGUUUUUCUAUAAAUCAUGCAGACCAACUUAUAAGUCAAUGUGUAUGCUUUAUAAAUGUAACCUGGAGAGAUUUAAAAGAAGCAGCAACAAGUGAACUAAAUGAAAAUAGCUGUAUGUUGGGGUAACAUUUAACAGAAAUACCUCUGAUAAUAUACCAGUCCAAACAAGGAAUCAUUUUCCUGACAGUAAAGCAGUGUUUUGGUUUUCCUAAAUAUUCUCCAAAUCUAAUGGCAGCUAUUACAUGUGGUGAUGUUCAGUGUUUUUUGUAUUGCUAAUUAUAAAGCAAAGUUUGCUAUAUUGUUGUGCCGAUUACAUUUCUAAUGUGUUGGACAGCCUUAGUUGGCCUUGAGGAAAAACAUUAUUUAGUUUUUGUUUAUUAAUAUAUCACACAGACAGAAAUUCAGGCAAGAGUCAUAACAUCUACAUUUUUUAUUAGAAAAGAAAAGUGCCAUAUUUUCCUGUACCUCAUUUUGGUUCAUAUUUAAUAUUUCCUUUAAUAACAAAUCAAGACUUAUACUUCCAAUUACACAUAAUUCCUGUAUCCCUUUUUAAUGUUAACUCAUAACGAUAUCUGUCGCAAAAUAUGUUCCUAUGAUAAAGUUGUAAAAACAGACCUGAUCCCAGAAUCAACCAAAACUGGAUAUGAAUAACAAAUGGGACGGUUUUAGAUUUUGAUCCCUUCUGUUCUACAGGCCGUAGUCGUAGUCAGGCUUUCCCUCCUGGUAAGUCUUGUAAAAGGCCUUGUAGGUUUCUGCACUGUGCAUGGACGCUUUGACCGCCGGGUCCUCCGACAUGCGCUCUGUCCACUUCUUCAGCUCAGGUGUGCCAUCCAGGCAGCUGAAAUGACAAUGGGAAUAAAUUGUUGACCAAAUGGCAAGAUAUAAACAUAAGUUGCAUAUAUCUGUUAAGGUGAAAUUCCCUGCUCCUCAAGUCUUAUUUCUGGACUUUACCUCAUAUUUGAACAUUUUGCUUUUCUCUAUUGUUACCUUGAAUGUUUUGAAAUGCUUCCACAAAUAAAAUGUAUUUAUUUUUGAAUGUC